GAGUGAGUUUGAGUCUCGUGAUUUUAGGGUAGAAAUUAUCAUGAAUUAUUAUAUAUUUUUCAGUAUAUUCCUUUGCUGUGUCUGAAGGCGUUAUCAACGGUUUAUUACACUUCUUCUAUAUCUAUAUAAUUAUGCUUCUCUCCAGAAAACAAACUAGAGAAAGCAAAAUUGAAAUCCACUUCCAAUUCUAAACUAAACUCUGCAUAAUCAAAAUCAUCUUUCAAAAUCCAAAUUCUAACAACAAAAAAAUGGAUUUAUCAUCACCGUCGUCGCCAUCAUUAUCACGAUCAACAGAAGAUGCAGUAGAAGAAAUAAUGAAAACUCACAGAUCAUUACCGGCAAGGCCAAGAACAGAAGAAGUUGAAGCAGCCCUAACGGUGGUUGAAAACGCAGACAAAGAAGAAUCGUCGGGACUAGAAGUAUUUUCUUCAUCAUCAUCGUCUAGAAAAUCCAAAGGUUCUUCUUCCAUGUCGGAAGAGCUUUUAACAAUUUUACAAGAGAUGCGGAAAAGUAUUGUGUCUUUCGAAUGCAAAGAGAAAAAGAGAGAUGCUCUUAAACUCUUAGAACUCGAAAAAGUUCAUGUUCUGUUUGAUGAUUUCAUUCUCAAAGCUUCUAAUUGCAUUUCGAGUUCUAAUAAGUCCCGUGAUGCUGCUUCUUCUUCUUCUUCCAAGAAUUUUGUUUCUUCUUCGAGUUUAUUCGAUAAAGAAGGUGUCGAGAUUAAGGAGAAGAAGGGUUCAAAGUUAGCAUUAUUUACUAAGGAUGACAGUUAUUUGGUGAAUAAUAAGGCUAUGUCUACAUUCAAGUUUAAUACUGAUGCUUAUGCAAUUGGACACAAGUUAUCAUCCAAACCAAGUAUAGUGGAUAACUCCUCGAUGAAACAUGCAUCCACUUCAGGUGAAGAUAAUGGUGGUGAAAACAAGUUGAGUUUGAUAAAACUAGCCAACUUAAUUGAAAUUUCUGCAAAGAAAGGCACAUGUGAGCUGAACCUACAAAACAAAUUAAAGGACCAAGUUGAUUGGUUACCUGAUUCAUUAGGGAAGUUAUCAACUUUACUCACUUUGGAUUUGUCCCAAAACCGGAUCAUAACCUUGCCUUUCACAAUAGGCAACCUUUCAUCUUUAACCUAUUUGGAUUUACAUUCAAAUCAAAUCACACAGCUACCAGAUUCUAUUGAAAAUCUCAUUAACUUGACUCACUUAAAUGUUAGUGCAAACAUGCUAUCAUCUCUACCACAUUCUCUUUCCAAAUUGGCGCGACUCGAAAAACUUAAUUUAAACUCAAAUCAAUUAUCCUUGCUUCCCGAUUCAAUCGGGUCACUUGUUAACUUAAAGAUUUUGAAUAUCGAAACAAAUGACAUAGAAGAAAUUCCACACUCAAUCGGUCAUUGUUGUUCCCUUAAAGAGCUUUGUGCCGAUUACAAUCGGCUCAAAGCUUUGCCUGAAGCAGUAGGACAAAUUCGGAGCCUUGAGAUUCUCUCUGUGAGGUACAACAACAUUAAACAAUUGCCUACGACAAUGUCGAAUUUGAUUAACCUUAAGGAACUUGAUGUGAGUUUUAAUGAGCUGGAGUUUGUUCCUGAAAGUUUGUGUUUUGCUACUAAGAUUGUUAAGAUGAAUGUUGGGAACAAUUUUGCUGAUAUGAGAUCAUUGCCAAGGUCUAUUGGGAACCUUGAAAUGCUUGAGGAAUUGGAUAUUAGUAAUAAUCAAAUACAUGCUCUUCCCUAUUCUUUUAGAAUGCUCACUAGACUUCAAGUAUUGAGAGUGGAAGAAAAUCCUCUUGAAGUUCCUCCAAGACAUGUAGUUGAAAAGGGAGCACAGGCAGUUGUGCAUUACAUGGCUGAGCUUGUGGAGAAGGGGGAUGUUAAAUCACAGCCACUGAUCAAGCAGAAAAAGAGUUGGACUGAUCAGAUAUGCUUCUUUUCAAAGUCUAACACAAGAAAGCGUGGUGGGGUUGAUUAUAUUAAGGCUUGAUUGUGUUCAAUUAAACCAUUGAUAGAAAGUUUCAGAUUGCAAGAGUAAGUUAGAGUUGUUUUUCUAUUCAAUUUCUUGCCGUGUAGAAUUGAAAUUUGGUUGAAUACUAUUUUGUUUAUAAACAUAGACUUAUUUAUAAAUUACUAGAUGUAU